AUGGAGAGAGCAAGCGGAGCCAUCGUCCUCUUCCUGUUACUCGCUGUCGAUUUCGGCAUUGCCCAGAACACCACCGGCAAAGCAGAUGGAUUCCAUGUCGGGGUGAUCCUCGACCUGGGAUCGCCGGUAGGAAAGGUGGCGCGAGCCAGCGUUUUGCUGGCCGUUCAAGACUUCUACGCGGCCCACCGGAACUACAGCACCAAGCUUGUUCUCCACAUUAGGGACUCCAUGGGCAGUGACAUCAAGGCCGCAUCAGCAGCUAUUGAAUUGCUAGAGAAUUACAAAGUGCAAGCCAUCAUUGGUCCCCAGAAAUCAUCAGAAGUUGUGUUCAUAUCCAAACUUGGAAAUAUAACCCAAGUCCCCAUAGUAUCAUUCACAGCAACAAGCCCCUCUCUCACUUGUGAUAGUAUGCCAUAUUUUGUACGAGCGACACCGGAUGACUCGGCACAGGUGAAUAGCAUUGCCUCGCUCAUACAAGCCUAUGGAUGGAGAGAAGUGGUGGCAGUAUAUGAUGACACUGACUAUGGGAGAGGCAUUGUACCAUACCUCACUGAUGCACUUCAAAAAAUUGAUGUUCGUGUUCCAUAUCGCAGUGUCAUCCCUUCAUUGGCAACAAGUGAGACCAUUAUAAAAAAACUCAAUGAGUUGAUGGCAAUGCAAACAAGGGUAUUUAUUGUUCAUAUGUCAUCCACUAUGACUUCCCUUCUUUUUAUGAAGGCGAAAGAGCUAGGGAUGAUGAACCAAGGAUUUGCGUGGAUUACCACAAGUGGAGUGGCAAACAUCAUGGACACACUCAAUCCAAGAGUCAUUGAGGCAAUGAAUGGUGUGCUUGGAGUAAGGUAUCAUGUUUCUAGAUCGCAAGAACUUGAUAACUUAUCCAAAAGGUGGAACAAAAUGUACUUGCAGGAUAACCCAGAUGAAUCACCCUCCAAUAAACUAAGCAUUGUUGGGCUAUGGGGCUAUGAUGCAAUAUGGGCAUUGGCACGAGCAGCAGAAAAGGUUGGAGUAUCCAAUACCACAAAUAAUCCACUAUUGUCCAUUAAAAACUCCACAUGCUUGGAAUCCAUGACUAUUUCCACUAAGGGUCGUGAACUCUUAAAGACAAUUGUACAAAAUAAGUUCAAAGGUUUCAGUGGUGAGUUUGACCUUACAUACAAACAACAACAUAAAGCUUAUGUUUUCCAGAUAAUAAAUGUUGUUGGAAGAGGUUGGAGAGAAAUUGGGUUUUGGACUGUGAAAAGUGGACUUUCACGACAGUUAAAGCAAGAUGGCUUCAAAAAAACAGGACAACAGCCAAUGCAUGAUCUAAAUCCUGUAAUUUGGCCCGGAGAGUCAACCAAAAUACCAAUGGGCUGGGAAAUUCCUGCCGUUGGCAAGAAGCUUAGAGUUGGUGUGCGCUCAAGCAAAAUUCCGGAGUUUAUAAAGACAUACAAAGAUCCUGUCAAAAAUGCAACAAUAGUGAGUGGCCUUACCAUUGAUAUAUUUGAGGAGGCGGUAAAAAGGUUACCUUUUCCACUUUCCUAUGAGUACCUAGAAUUCGACACAACUGAUACAGGGAGCUACAAUGAUUUUGUCUAUCAUGUUUAUCUUCAGGAAUAUGAUAUAGCGGUUGCAGAUAUUACUAUAAGAUACAACAGAUCAUUAUAUGUCGACUUCACUGUACCAUACACAGAAUCCGGAGUAGGGAUGAUUGUUCCAGUGAAGGAAAACGUGAUGAAGGAUGUGUGGCUUUUCUUGAAACCAUUGAGCACUGAGAUGUGGAUUGGCAGCAUCAUAUUAUUUAUGUACACAGGAGUUGUUGUUUGGCUGCUGGAGUAUCUAAAUGGCAAUGAACAUGUGCAUGAGGAAAAGCUGGAAUGCUUUCUACCUAGAAUUGUUUUGCGUGUAUGGAUGGUUGUACUUCUGGUACUUGCAGCAAGUUAUACAGCAAGCUUUGCAUCAAUGCUUACGGUACAUAAGCUUUCACCAACAGUGAAUGAUGUUCAGGAACUCCAAAAGAAUGGAGAAUAUGUAGGGUUCCACCAAGGUUCUUAUAUAGAGGGUCUACUAGUGGAAAUUGGUUUUGAUACAUCUAAGCUCAGGGCCUAUGCAACACUUGAAGAUUUCUAUAGUGCUCUUUCUAAUGGAAGCAUUGUUGCGGUUGUACUUGACGUCCCAUACAUCAAAUUGUUUCUCGCAAAGUACAACAAAGGUUACACAAUGGUGGGGCCUAUUUACAAGAGUGCAGGUUUUGCAUUUGCGCUUCCCAAGAAUUCUCCACUAUGUGCUGAGAUGUCAAGGGCGAUACUCAACAUAACAGGGGGAGAUACUAUCAUUCAAUUUGAAAAGAAAUGGAUAGAUCAAAAUAGCCAUGAAAAUGAUGGCACACUCGAUGGUUCAGGCGCUAUCACUUUUGAAAGUUUUGGGGGAUUAUUCCUCCUAACUGGAGUUGUGACAACAUGUUCCCCUUUUGUAGCGAUGUUGAUGAACUGCUACAAAGAAUAUCAACAAGAUCCAGGGAACAAAGGAGAUGACCAGAAUGAAUUCGGACACAAGCAAGUUAAGAAAAGGAGAAAUGGGAAGAACAAAGAGAUGAAAACAGAAACUGAAUUGAGAGAGAUAAACAACAAUGUUAGUGCCUCAUAG